AUGGCAGCUGCCAGAACAUCGAGGCUGCCCCAGCGGACUGUUUUGGGUAACCCACUCAUAGCGAACCCAGGCGACUUCGGCUGUACGAGCCGAGAUGGUCACAGGGAGAUCGCCACCGACAAUGAGACCCCUUGUCGGCUUCUCGGCUUCGUCAAGAAAGGUAUGUUUCCCUCCAACUCCCGGAAAGCAUGGCAGUGGGGCUGCUUUGCAGCCGCCCGAGAAGGCAAAUUGAAACAUUCGAGUCCUUCUCUGAAUGGAAAGGAUCGAGGUCGUGCAGCUGGAGGCGCCGACUAG